ACCGCGUCGGGUCAGUACCAUUUGAAAGUGCGCGUUGAACGGUCGUUAUUCGAAAGUGCUUGCUUCUACGCAUUCUACUGUGUGAUUUUACCGGGAAAUCGAUCGAACCAAAAACACUGGAAGCCACCCGAUAAUCAUCAUAACAAAAGAAAAAGCCGCCGCGUGUGUGCAAGAAGUUUCUUGUGUUCCGAAUAUCGCUUCAGUUUCAGUGGAUUUUAGUUGGUGGUGCAUAAAAUUUGCAUUUUUGGUACUUCUGUACAUGGAAUAAGUGUCGAACCUGCUGUGAACGUGAUUGUUGGCUCUGUGUUCAUUUCCAGCAAAUUGAAAACAAUUUAAGACAACAAAAGCGUGUGUUUCGAAAAAUACACUCCACCUGACUCAGAAACACACACAAGGAAGGUACUCUUUUGUGUAUACAACAAGCAGCAGCAACCUCGCCAAAACAAGUGGGAGUUUUUGAGUCUGGAUUGUGCCAGUGCAGUCAGUCAGAGCUGUGUCUGCCGAAAAAAGAGUGCACCAGUUGAAAGUGGAUCGUUCGAGACGGGAAGAGGAUUUACUACUUACCUGCCUACAGCAGCAACAGCAGCAGCAUCCUCAGACAAGUGAAAAGAGGUUAUCAACACCAAUCUCGGUAUCUCGUCGUCUCGCAGCGCACCAGCCGCCUCGCCAUCGCCUUCGCCCGCUGAUUGAUGUCCAGCUAGGCAGAAGAGGCCCUGUCGCCCGGUUGUAUACGUAUGUAAGUGUGUGUGUGCAUUGGUAACCAUCGCUGGAAGCUGUGAAAAUUACCAAAACAAUCUCCCAACGAAACACGGAAGGAAGGUCGCCGAACGAAGGGAAUCCGAAAACAAGUUUUUGCACAUCCCUGCAUGAGAUAAACGAGGUCUUAUUACUUCUGCACGAGUUCCCUUGUAUCAGUGUUAGUGUUUGAAUCCUGCCCAGUCAGUGCACACCUGUGUGCAUUCCGAGUGUUAUUUUGAAUAUCUACGAAGAAGAAUCCGCGAGAAGGGUUCCGUCGUCGUGACGAAGAGUAGUGCGAAGCAAAGCGAAAAAAGUAGCCCACCCGGUUUACUUUGACCGUAAACAGAGAAGAGUGUGCAGUGCAGUGCCGAAGAAGAAGAAGAGAAAUAAGUGAGCUGAACCAGCAGCAUCCAACAUCCGACGAACGACGAACGGUUGCACAUAGUAGGCUUGUUUAUUGUAAGCUGGAGUGUGUCGUCAAAACAAAAGCGCGUGUGCAGUGUUGAGGAAGGGAGUGUGGUAGGUGAUAAGGACGUCGGUAGUGAAGUUUUUGUCCAGUGUACAUUGCAGUGUGUACACACAGAUAGAGAGCGUACACACGCCGGAAGGACGUCGGAACAUCGGGAGUACCAUCGUCGGAGAGUCGCCGGUAUUGUAAAGGAUUCUACAUCCCACGGCCUCUCGCAAGCGCGAUUGAUAGGAGCAUCCCAGCCUCAAGUACAGCCCCAGCAGCUUUCCGAAAGCAACAAAGUGAGCGCCCGCCAGAUCGCUCAUUAGUGGAUAAGGAGGAGGAAGGUGGCGCUCAUCCACUGACUGUAUCCAAUUUAAUGGCCACUUGUCGUUUCGUGUAAAUUGUACAUCCGGAGAUCGGUGGACCAAGAGCUGAGCAGAAACCAUGUUUCGUCCACAGCUGAAUCCGUCCCAAAACAUUCGGGAAAAGAUGCGGCUCUUCGAGCAAGAUGCCAGCCUAGACGAAUUCGGUCAGUACCAGCCGCACCCGCUUCACCAUAGAAGAAGAUACUCGGAUACCAGCAAUAACAACUCAUCGCGCUCGUCGUCGUCGUCGGUGUCGGUGUCGUACGGCGGUGGACCCUAUCAGAGCCAAAGCCACGCGGAAUUGGGACCGAACCUCACGGGUAGAAUGAUGCCACCGAUCAACCACUCGCAGGCCGUCAUGACCGACUCGCAAGGGUUGAUCGUGCCGAAGAAGCUGGCCAACCCCUGCAUCGAAUCGAUGGACCGGCAGAACCUGCACCGGGAGCUCAUGUUCAACCAGAAAAUGGGCAAAAGCGUGCUGAACCAAAAGUCGGAACUGCAGCGGGCGCUCGAGAAGCAGAAGGAGCGCCAGGUGCUCGCCGCCCAGAACCUCGCCAAACAGCAAGCCCAGGAGCACACCAUCUCGAACGAGCUGGGGCGGGUGAUAAUGCAGCGGGCGGCCCGGCUCGAGCAGAAGAACCUCGCGGCGGCCGCCGCCGGUUCCCAGCAGGACCAGCCCGAUUCCAUCAACCCGGAGUAUCUGAAUGCGCGUGCCAAACUGCGCGCCACCCAGGCCGCCGCCGUCUACUCGAAGUAGAUGGGAUCCGAGGAGGGGCGCGCGGCGCCUGGAAAAUUGUGCAGAUUAGUGUGUUUGUGUUGUAAGAUUUAGUUUUUUAGUAGGAAAAAACACCCACGAAAGUAAUUUUAGCGUUUUUAGUGUUUAAGUUUUAAACGUCUAGACAAGUGAUAAUUGAUAUCAAUGAUUUCCGCGUUUCUGUUUUGUUUUUAUGAAAUGAGAUGAUCAAUCUGAUUAGCGAUUAUUUUUUUAACAAUAAUGAUGAAGAUGCAACAGAAUACUGGAACGGAACGUGCUCAAAGUUGGGAUCCGCCGUCGCAGUAGGCUGGGUGGAUCCCGAAUUGGCAAAUAACGAGUUGAAAAAAUGCAUACAAAACAAAGUAGGCGAGAAAGGCGAAAUGCUUUAAAUAGUUCUAAUGAGUUAUUUUUGUAAUUCUUUUAUGCUUUAGAUAGAUCGAUCUGUUGAAUGUAUAUUUAGUAAGAUGAAGAAAAUUUAAGUUCUCAAAACGAAAGGGAAGGAUUUUGAGCAUACUAAUUGUAGCAAAAUUGUGAUAAACAAACAAAACAAAACAAAAAAAAACAAACACCGAGCACUCGUUGAAAGUAAUCAUCAAACAAAUCAAAUCCUUGCGGGAAAAAUGCUUGUUUUUCCGCGUGAACUGUGGCGUCUUCUGCUGCAGUGUGUUCCAUAUAUGAAGAAACAUCGUAUUAUAAAUUACAUACCAUAUUCUGCUAGUGUUUAUGUGGUCUAGUUUGUAACGUUGUAUUUAAAAGUAAAAAAACAAAAGAAACACAAAAUACAAAAAUCCAAGUUAAAAAGACGGCCUUCGAACAGGAGCUGAUUGAAAAGUAUUGAUCGAACUGCUAGAACGUAGAGUAUAAGAGGCAAUUCACACGACAGCCCAUGAGCACAUCACAAAAAUCGGAAAGUUGUUAGGAAUAUAGGGAUUUUUUUUAUUAUCGGUUCAAAUGGGACGAAGAAUCUCCAAAAUCAAUGAAAAUGUGUUCGUAUGCAGGGAUUCUUCAAGUGUAUUUAACACAUAAUCAAAUUACAUCCAUCACGCAACAAUAAUGAU